AUGUCCCCAAAAAUCGAUCUAUUGACAUCAAAAGCCGAUGAAGGCGGCGAUGUCAAGCCUUGCGAGCAGCCUGCCCAGGUUGAGGUUGCUAAUACCACGGCAGUGUAUGAAAAGUAUGGCAACAAAUAUGACGAGAUGGACAUGGACCGCAUGGGGAAGUUGCAAGAACUGCGAAGGAACUUCAAAUUCAUGACUGUUUUUGGCUAUUCGGUGGUUCUUGGAUCCAGCUGGGAAUUUUCUCUAAUUAUCAUCGGAAUAUCCCUUAGUAACGGAGGCACAGCUGGUGGCAUUUGGAUGUUCCUCAGCGUUUGCUUCGGCAUGUUGUUCGUCAUGCUCUCGAUGGCCGAGCUGGCAUCAAUGGCGCCCACGUCCGGUGGACAAUAUCACUGGGUUUCUGAAUUGGCCCCAAAACAACACCAGAAAUUCCUGAGCUAUCUCGUCGGUUGGAUGUGUGUUAUCGGAUGGCAGGCCGCCAUGGCUACUUGUGCUCUUGCUACGACGCAGCAGCUUCAAGGACUGAUAACACUGAAUAUGCCGUCGUAUAUGGCCCAAGGAUGGCAUGGUACCCUCUUCAGCAUUGCCAUCACGUUCUUCGCCAUCAUAUGGAAUACCGUCUUCGUCAAAAACCUUCCUGUCAUCGAGGUCAUUGGUUUAAUACUUCACGUCUCUGCCUUCGUGGCCUUUGUUAUCGUUUUAUGGCUUAUGGCCCCACACUCGGACCCAAAGGCCGUAUGGACCAAUUUCGAGGAUAACAGUGGAUGGGGAAGCGCCGGUCUCGCGACUCUUGUUGGUAUCCUUGGACCUAUUGUGACUCUUAUCGGCUCGGACUCAACAUGCCACUUGGCCGAGGAACUGAGAGAUGCAGCCUGGGUACUCCCAAGGUCCAUGGCCGCGACUGCUGUGACCAAUUACGCCCUCGGUUUUGUAAUGACAGUCACUAUCAUGUCCAGCCUGGGGGACGACGUAUCUGCGAUUCUUUCUACGAGACUUGGACAGCCAUGGAUCCAGGUGAUUUACAACGCGACAGGAUCCAAAGCUGGGACAUCGGUCAUGACGGCAGUUGUCUGGAUCCUACUGCUUUUAUGCACUAUUAACCAGGUCACUACCACAUCACGCCAGCUCUUCGCAUUUGCCCGUGAUAGAGGUCUUCCCUUUUCACCAUUCCUGGCCUAUGUUCGCCCGGGCUGGGAUGUUCCCGUGAAUGCAGUUCUAGUAACCUUAGGCUGCACCAUCCUGCUCUCACUCAUCAUCAUUGGAUCGACAAUCGCAUUCAACGUCAUCACGUCUCUCGGUCAAGUUGGCCUCGUCUCCUCUUACAUCAUUGUCAUCUCCUGUGUAUUUGCGAAACGGAUCAAAGGGGAAGCCCUCCUGCCUUCUCGGUUCAGUCUUGGCAAAUUUGGAUUUCUGGUCAACGGCAUCGCUCUCUUGUUUCUGGGGUUGGCUUUUAUCUUCUUGUUCUUUCCGGCGGUACCUGACCCGGAUCCUGCUAGUAUGAACUGGAGUUGUCUCCUGUUUGGUUUCAUCCUUGGGUUUUCGCUGAUUUACUAUUGGAUUUGGGGAAGACACGUUUAUGUUGGGCCGGUGGAAUACAUCAAGAAUCGAUAG